AUGCAACUGAACGAAAAGGAAGUCCCACAACAACAAGCUGUAGCAGUCCCUCUUGCCACCGAGCAGGAUGAUGAUGUUAUCAGUCUCCAUACUUCAGAUGCUGAGUCUAUCGUCGAAAAUACUGCUCAAUUGAGAAUCUCAGAUCCCAAAUCUGAUGAGGAGGUAGGUACUCGACCAGAAAGAGGACAUCGAAGACCUCAUGGUUUCGGUCGCGGUCAUGGUCGUCAUGGACCAAGACAUCAUAUGGGCCCUGCCCGAUUUGGUGGUAGGUACACCCCGUUCUAUCCAGGAGGUCCAGGUGGACGUAUGUUCCCACCAGCCCCAACUGGCUUCGGUCCUCUUGGACAUGAUCAAGAACAUGGACAAGGACCAUUUGGGCGGGGACCUCCCCCACCGCCACCCUUCGAAGAUGAUUUUGGUUUUGAUUACAAUUUCUUUGGUCCUCGUUCUCAUCAUGCGCAUGGACAUGGCCCAUUCGGAAGACGACCACCCCCAUCUGAGUUUGCAUUUGGGUCUCGUGGCCCCCGACCUCCGUUCCCUCAUGGUGAACAUGGUCCUGUAGGAGGGAGACCUCCCCCACCACCACCAGGAUUUGAAGGGGAGUUUGAUGACAAUUUCUUCGGGCCUCCUCCCCAUGGACAUCGACAUGGACGUGGUCCACCAGGAAGAAGACCACCCCCACCACCAGGCCAAGAAGGAGAAUUUGAUGAUCGUUUCUUUGGACCUCCACCCCCUCAUGGCCACGGUCCAUGUGAUCGACGACGCCCUCCGCCACCACCAGGAUUUGCAGCGCAAGAUGCUGAUCAUCCUUUCGAAUUUGGGCCUCCACCACCUCGUCCUCACCACCGACAUGGCAGAGGACAUGGCAAAGAACACGAGGGUGCCCACAAGCACAAGCACAGGCAUGCUAGGGCUUACUCACCACCUGGAUCAAGGUGGGAAGGCAAACAUCACCAUCGUGGACCUAAAUCUCACAAGCGAGAUAAAGCUGGCUAUGAUCUUGGACCUCACCACGAUGAGGAGGAGAAGGCUCAGCCAGAAGGAAACAGUGAUGAGAAAGAGGACCAACAAGAGAUCGCAUCAUCAUCGUCUUCCUUCGAAAGCACCUCGGCUUCUGAAUCUGAAUCAGACUCUUUCCCACCACCACCACAUUUCCACCACCACAUGAGAGGAAGAGGUGGAUUCGGUGGAAGAGGAAGAGGAAGAGGUGCUCAAUUCCCUGGUAUGCCCGAGCAUCCUCCCCACCAACAUCACGGACAUGGUGCACGUGGUGGACGCGGCCCAGCUGGAAGACCUGGACCUCCUCCUGAGAUGUUCAGAGAUCUCUCCCCUCUCCCUAUGGGAUGUGAUUUCCAUCCCGGUCGAAGGGGUCGAGGUGGAUUCGGAUCUGGGUUUGGAUAUGGCCAUCCAUCUUUCACCUUUGCUUAA